AUGGAUGCACACACCAACACCAGCCUGGCUGUUGCGCAGCUGGCAGAGGAGACCACCGGCCCCCCGGACUCUUUCAUGACCAGCUACGACCCGGACUACGAGAUCCCCCUGGAAGAGGUACCGGACACGACGCGGGGUCGCGCGUUUUUCGUGGCGACCAUCGUGAUCGCGGUGGUGCUGGUGGUCAUCAUCCUGGUGUGCGGGGUGGGGAACUGUCUGUUCAUCGCCAAUCUGGCGCGUUACAAGCAGCUGCGCAACCUCACCAACCUGCUGAUCGCCAACCUGGCCGUGUCCGACGUGUUCGUGGCGGUGGUGUGUUGUCCCUUUCUGCUGGAUUACUACGUGGUCAAGCAGCUGUCUUGGGAUCACGGUCUGUUGCUUUGCGCCUCGACCAACUAUUUACGCACCGUGUCCCUGUACGUGUCCACCAACGCGCUGCUGGCCAUCGCCGUGGACAGGUACAUGGCUAUUAUCAACCCUCUGAAGCCUCGUAUGAAGCACCAGACAGCCUGCUGCCUGAUCCUGACUGUUUGGAUCGUGCCAAUUGUCAUCUCCAUCCCCUCGGCCUACAUGGCUUCAGAGACCACGUAUCCACACGUGACGGGACGGAUCCAAAAGACCUUCUGUGCCCAGAUCUGGCCUGUGGACCAGCAGGUUUUCUACAGAACCUACUUUCUGUUCAUUUUUGUCCUAGAAUUUCUUAGCCCUGUGACGGUUAUGUCCAUCUGCUAUGUCCAGAUCUCCAGGGAGCUGUGGUUCAAGAGCGUACCAGGUUUUCAGACAGAGCAGAUUCGGAAGAAGCUGCAGAGGCGUCGAAGGACGGUGGUAGUCCUAAUCCUCGUACUGGUGGCGUACAUCCUCUGCUGGGCACCAUACUAUGGCUUCGCUUUGGUCCGUGAUUUCUACCCAACCCUCAUUUCCAGGGACAGGAACUCACUAGUGGCCUUUUAUGUCAUCGAGUGCAUCGCCAUGAGCAAUGGGGUCAUCAACACCCUUUGUUUUGUGAGUGUUCGAAACACCAGCAAAUACCUACGGAGUGUGGCCCGCCUGCCACUGAGGUCCGUGACUUUUAAGGCACGUAAGACAGUUUACGAGGGUGAGGCCUGCACUUCGUCCCUCCGGGUGACAGAGGAGGUGGAAGGAGCUUGGCAGAGAUAA